GAAUUGCAAGUUUUAUUCCUCUGCCAUAGAUUUCACUUAGCUAUUCAUAUCAGAUAUCCAAUAACAUAAAAUGCAAAGAUUAUUUCAUUCUUUCAUUUUUCUGCAGCUGCAUUUAAUCUGAAAGUGAUCGCCAAUGUGGUGAUCAAUGAGGAAUAUCAUGAAGAUUAUAAAAACCCCUCAUCACUGAAGUAUAAAGCGUUUGUAAAAACGUUUCAGGAAAAGAUGCAGCCACAAUAUGAAAUGGUAAAACAUUUCAAAGAAGUUAUUGUGACUAAUUUAAGCCCUGGAGGUGAUGCUACAAUAUCAGAUCACAUCGUGAAGAAGAGAAGAUCAGUUGAAGAUAAGGAUUUCCACUAUAAAGCAAGAACUACGGGUGUAAACGUCUCACAUGAUGUGGUUUUGGAAAUUCCAAACAACCAGAGUGUUCAGCAAUAUCAGAAUGGCUUAAAGGGUGUUGAAAACGUCCUUACUGAACUGCAAAAUUGUCAAAUAGAUUGCCCUUAUAACAUCACAACAAAACCCACAGUGGUGGGAACAGAGAUAAAUAAGCAAGCUUUAUGUGACAGAGCACUGGAGAACUCGGAUUUUGCUAAAUACUACUCUUAUUCUGAAGACCUGGAGACAGGAGUGAUCUUUUGUAUAAACAGAUGUGACGCACGGCAUCCAAACCACAAAAUAUGCAAAAAUCUGGGACUCUGUACACUCUUCAGAGAUGUGGGAGAGGUCUGCAAGUGUCAAAAUGUGGAUUCCAUCUGGUACUUGGGUAGUAACUGUGACAUGCCUAUACACAGGACUGCGUUUUAUGCAGGGUUAAGUGUGACCCUUGCUGUCAUGUUAGUUACUGUGGGAGCCCUGGCUGCAUAUGCUGUUAUCAACAAACACAAACAGACAAAAAAUAAAGACAUGAAACAGAAAUUGGUGAACGAAUGGCUGGAUGAUGACUUUCAGUGGUCCAGACCUACAAGCCCAUCAGGCACACAUGGAGCUAGUUAUACCAAGCCUGCCAGUAGACCCUUACCCAACAUGGAUUUCCAAAGCAAUCUGCCGAUGAGGAUCCUCAGGCCUGAGACCCGGACAUCCUGGGAUGCCUAAGCACAGCAUUUAUUGAUGAAGGAAUUAUUAUAUUGUUUUUUACUUGCAAAAUUAGCAAGGUGUAACUUUAUUUCAUUUGUAUCUGCCUCGGAUAAUUUUUUUAGAUGCUAUAUUUUAGAUGUUUCUUCUAUAAAUUGUUUUGUUUAGAGAUUUCUCAAGUUAGGUCUUAGAUAUUGUUGACAAUAUGACCAAUAUUUAAGUACCCAUAAUCAAAAUCCCAAACUAGUUUAACAUCUCGAAGUUUGUUUGAAUUGCAUGCCAACUAGGCCAAGGGAAUCUUUCCAUAAAAUGUGUUAAUACAAAAAGCUAUGACAGGUUUAACCAAUAUUCCCUGAUUCACAGUAGCCCAUGAACAAGGCAAGAAGUAGCAUCAGCUGAUCAGACAAUACAAACAAAUGAGAUUGGAUCUUGAAGCUUUUUUCGAGUGUGCAAAUCAUUCUAAUGAACAUUAGCUUAACAAAAAUGAAAUGACAAAAUUUCUGGAAUAUUCCUUUUAAGCAUUAAAUCACAGAUUGUAUGCAUGUAGAAACAUUUUGCUGAUACCUUACAUAAAACAUUCAUCCAUUAUUCUUCUAUACCGCUUAUUCCAUAGUGAGUCACGGGGGGGGGGCUGCUGCCUAUCUCCAGCAGUCUACCGGCGAGAGGCGGGUACACCCUGUACAGGUCGCCAAUCCGUCGCAGGGCAACACAGAGACAUACAGAACAAACAACCAUGCACAUACUCAUUCACACCUAAGGGCAAUUUAGAGAGACUAGUUAACCUAACAGUCAUGUUUUUUGGGCUGUGGGAGGAAGCCCCAGUACCCGGAGAGAACCCAUGUAUGCACAGGGAGAACAUGCAAACUCCAUGCAGAGAGACCUCCGGCCAGGAGUCGAACCCAGGACUACCAAUUGCGCCACAAUGAAGCAAUAUUCCUUUGAGGCAUUGUAUCACAGAUUGUGUGCAUAGGAACAUUUUGCUGAUAUCUUACAUAAAACAUCUAACAGUAUAUUUUCUCAACAGCGUUGCAAAUAUAGUAACUAUUUCCAUCCAUCCAUCCAUUUUCUAUACCCGCUUAUUCCGUACAAGUGCCUAUCUCCAGUGGUGUAUUGGCCAGAGGUGGGAUACACCCUGGACAGGUCUCCAGUCCAUCAUAGGGCAACUAUUUUCUUAUAGUUUAUUUACAGAUCAUAAAUUGUAGGAAUAACCGUAUUAAUAAAAUUAAUCCACCCAAUUGGAAGUAUGUCUAAUACCUAGGGUAGGUUAGUGACUCGAAUUCAGUAAUUAGAUGUUUCAAGACCAACAAAAUAGGAAAACUAUUUAGUUCGUACUAUGACUGAAAAGACCAAAUAAAUACUUUCAUGGAAAACAAACCAUUAGAUUUUAAAAUAUAGGUAAAAGUGUUUAUGAAUUAAUUUAAGAUUUAUACAAAAUAAUUAGUCUAAGAUUGAAGACUGUUAUUUUCAGCCAAUGACGAUAGAAAUCGGAGGUAAAAUAUGGAUGAGAGCACAGCACUAAGUUUUACUUUAUAGGAUGGUAAUGCAAAACGUUCUUGUGAUUUUGCACAUUAUAUUGUCUGAGCUUUAAAUGCAGUUUAUGUUGAUGUUGAAGUUUCACUGUAAGGCUAUUUAUAAUCUUGCUGUGGUGUACGAUACAUAUUUAACUGCAUAUGUUUUUGUUAUUUAUUGGGAUAUGCAUGUCAAAGUUUACUCAAAGGCAAUAUGUAAAUGUGUUUGGUCCACACCAUGCAAAGCUUGCUGCUUUCCAAACAUUUGGCUAUUGAUCCUUUAAUGUGCUUUUUCAAUCCACUACAGCUUCAAUUGAUUACAUUAGCACUAUAUCUUUAUAGCCAUAAUAAAAACAUUUUGGCAGUGA